AUCUGCUGCUUCAAUCUCAAAGUAAUAUUAAAACGCAACUUAUAUUCCAUUCUAUCCGGCGUAUAAUUAGCUUGAAAUGUCGACUAUCACCAGAAUUCGACCACAAAGCCUUGUCAACAACGCGCUUAAGCAAACAAAACCGACACUUGAUGCGCAUCGAUAUCAAGGAGGAAAUUUUCAUGCAUAUAUGACAUCAAAAUUGAGCACAUAUGAUACUGAGCGAUCUUACUCCCUAUUCCAGAAGACACUUCAGGAUCCGUUACGUACUUCACCAUCUAGCCUUGCAGGCAAGUCAAUCCUUGUGACAGGGUCAAACACCGGUCUAGGCUUCGAAGCUGCCCUGAAGAGCGUCGAUUUAGGCGCAAAACAUGUUAUAUUAGGAGUAAGAAAUGUUGAGAAGGGCGAGCAUGCUAAACAACGUAUAUUACAGAGGGCUACAUCCAUGAAGGCGCAACCAUCGGAUACAACCAAGGAUGGCAAUCCAGACGACCAAACAAUCUCAGUGCGCAAGCUGGACAUGAGUGACUACAAUUCUAUACAUAGCUUUGUCAAAGAGGUUGGCAAGAAAGAUGGACGAUUGGAUGUAGCUAUUCUCAACGCAGGUGUUUUCGGCGUGAAGUACGAGACGGCAGGCAAUUAUGGCUGGGAGAACGACUUGCAAGUCAAUGUCCUGUCAACUGCACUUUUGAGUCUACUUUUAUUGCAAGCGAAAAUUAUCAAACCGGAAGUUGGCGUGCUUGAGUUCGUGGCUUCGAGACGGAUGCAGGCUGUUCAACUUACGGAAGAAGAGAAAAAGUCUCAUAAUCUGUUGGAGACGUUCAAUCGGAAACAAAACUUCAACGCUAGCCGGCAGUAUCAGGUUUCUAAGCUUCUGUUGAUGGCUUUUUAUCAAUCCUUGGCCUCCAGAUCAGCCAAGUUAACGGAAGGAAGUCCCAUUAUCACGGCUGUCUGUCCUGGCUUCUGUCAAUCAGACCUUUCGAGAGGUCACCAAGGGUUUGCAGCCGAUGUGCUACGAGCAGUACUUAAUACUUUUGUUUUGAGGCGAGCCGAAGAAGGGGCGAGAACACUUGUGUCAGGGGCACUAGGUACGAAAGAACGACAUGGCAAAUUUUGGUUUGACGAUGGACUUCAUGAUAUUGCGCUACCAGAUAGUGUGGGGGAUGCGCAAGGAUUUGCAGACAGAAUUUGGGAAGAGGUGGUUCAUGCUCUCCAGCGAGACACCAAUGCUCCUCUUGUCUAGGAAGAGGAUAAUGCCAAAUUACUUGUAUAAUAAUCUUACAGCUUUGGUAAUUUUAAAGAUUUCAUGUAGAUA